AUGUGUAGCAUUCCAACACUCUUCGAUAAAUUGGCUGUUGAUGAGCAUAUGAAGAUUAUUCUGACGAGUAAUUCAAAAUCAACAAAUCAAGUGACCCUUCAAACUGAUGGUAAACAAGAAUUCAAGUCCAAGAAGGAGAACACAUCACCACUAAGUCAAGAUAUACUGUUGGCAGCAACAGUGGGAUCCAGCAAAUAUCUAUCAAGAAAGGCCAUCGCUUUUCCGUGCCCUCCAGAAGUUAAAUCGGAUUUCUCACCAAUGGUCGUCGUUGAGUUAGGAGUUGCUCACUUGUUGGGGGCCACAGGAUCGUCAGGCGAUUGA